CCCCCUCCGCCACACGCACCGCGGAGAGGCAGGGGAAGGGACUGGGAGGGGGGGGCGGCCGGCCGGCUCCUCCGCUAAAACCAACCCUCUCCUAAUAAAGCGAUGGGCCCCUGGCCGCGGUGCCGCGUUCCCCGCGCCCUAUAAAUACGCUCCGUGCGCGGCCCGCGGGUUUCGGCCGGCGCGGCUCUGCAGGCGGGGCGGAGCGGAGCGGGGGCCGCCACUCCCGCCGCCAGCAGAGCCCCGGCCCCCGCACCCCAGCGAGAUGCCCCGGGUAGACGCAGACCUCAAAUUGGACUUUAAAGAUGUCUUGCUCAGACCUAAAAGAAGCAGCCUCAAAAGCAGAUCAGAGGUUGACCUCACGCGCACCUUCACCUUCCGCAACUCCAAGCAGACAUACACAGGAAUUCCCAUUAUAGUGGCAAACAUGGACACCGUGGGGACGUUUGAAAUGGCCGUGGUAAUGGCAAAACAUGCAAUGUUCACUGCAAUUCACAAGCAUUAUUCUCUGGAAGAAUGGAAACUGUUUGCUGCCAAUCACCCAGAAUGCCUUGAGCAUGUAGCAGCAAGCUCAGGUAGUGGAAAAGCUGAUUUGGACAAGUUAACAAGUAUUCUAGAGGCCAUUCCACUUAUCAGAUACAUUUGCCUGGAUGUGGCAAACGGCUAUUCAGAGCACUUUGUGGAGUUUGUGAAGUCUGUCCGUGCCCUGUUCCCACAUCACACAAUUAUGGCAGGCAAUGUGGUGACAGGAGAGAUGGUAGAAGAACUUAUUCUUUCUGGAGCAGAUAUUAUUAAAGUGGGCAUUGGACCAGGUUCUGUGUGUACCACCCGGAUUAAGACAGGGGUGGGCUAUCCACAGCUAAGUGCUGUUAUUGAGUGUGCAGACUCGGCGCAUGGCUUGAAAGGACAUAUCAUCUCUGACGGAGGAUGCAGCUGCCCAGGAGAUGUCGCCAAAGCGUUUGGAGCCGGUGCUGAUUUUGUCAUGCUUGGAGGAAUGUUUGCAGGCCAUGACCAGUGUGCUGGAGAGAUUAUGGAAAAAAAUGGCAAGAAAGUGAAACUCUUCUAUGGAAUGAGCUCUGAUACAGCCAUGAAGAAGCACGCGGGAGGUGUUGCUGAAUACAGGGCUUCGGAGGGCAGAACUGUGGAGGUCCCGUACAGAGGGGACGUGGAACUCACCAUCCUGGACAUCCUCGGCGGGCUGCGCUCCACCUGCACCUACGUGGGAGCUGCCAAACUCAAGGAACUGAGCAGGAGAACGACGUUUAUCCGGGUCACCCAGCAGCACAGCCAGGUCUUCUCUUAGCCCAGGCCUGGGGGGCUGGAGAGGGAGGGGUGGGGGAGAGGAGCAGGAAGGGCUGCUGGUUUGAUUUGCUUUCUCCUCCAUGUUGUGUUAGUGGCAAACUCUCCUCUCUCUCAGAAGGGCAGCGUGGCAGCCACUGGCGGGGCUGUGGCUGGGAACUGGAAGGCGAAGGUCGUGCAAUUUAACACAGUGCCAUUGGUUCAAAAUGCAAUAGCCUCAUCUUUUAUUGUCGUGCCUAUUUUAUUUUUUAAUCAGCACUUCCUCACCUGUUUUUUUCCCCCCUCUGAUAAAUAGCUGUUGAAACCUCAGUUAAUAAGGAAUUGGCUUGUACAGACAGGGCUGCUACGCCCGCACACGCACACGCGUUCCCUUUUUUAAGACUGACCUGUCAGCUACCGCCGCUUCUGGCAAUGCACCCUCCAGAAACUGCAGGCUGGGAGGAAAAAAAAAAGAUGCAGGGAAUUGCAUGGAGAAAUCAAAAAUCAAAUUCUCUUAAUCUUUGUUCUGGCAAAAGAAUGGCUGUUUGUGGCAGGGCUGCCAGCCUGCAGCAUGUCAGAGGUGGCUGGUGGCUGAGGCCUGGCUACUGGUGACUUCCUACUGUGAUGGUAAAAAUGCCAGCUCUCCUUCACUCUCAGUUCGCGGGGCUGGUACUGCCACUCUUACUUAAAUCUCCCUGUUCAAUGGACAGAGAAGCUGGCACUGAAUGUAGCAAACCCAUGCUGUCCCCCGGCCCUCAGCUGUGGAGAUCAUUUGGGAGAAAAUGUCCCAGAGCUUGCCUGCUUUUUCGUGCAUGCAGUUAUCGAAUUACCUGGGUUCCUGCUUUUACCUGCUCUCUGUAAACAGAUUUGUAAGACACUGAGACUCAGCAACAGUAUUCCCACCAAGGGGGUUGGUUCCUCUGCAGCCCUGCCCGUUCCCCUGCCUGUUCAAAUCCAUUUAGCAAAGGUGUAAAACUGCUGUGCUGUGCAUUAUCUCUGGCCAGGUGACUGAGGCCGGAGGGAUCAAAUUCGCUGCUGGUUGUUUGGUACCACUCCUCUGCAGCCCUUGACACCAUGAAAAGCAAAAGAGAGCUGUUGGCAGAACAGCCCGACUGCAAGACACUGGUAGGCCGAGGUGGAGUUAAAGCCUUUGCUCUUAAGGCAGUAAUGAAUGUUUAAGACUCUGGGUAACACUUUAAUAAAGUGUAAUGGCCCGCUAAUUAAUUGAUAAAACACAAUGAAAUUUCUUUCGAAAUACACGUUGCAUCCACAUGAACAGCACAGCAGCUCGUUAUGAUAAAUGAUGUAAAAGUGAGCACCAAUGAAUUAAUAAUGCUUGGCCACUUACUUUAAAGUGCUGCUGAGAUCGCAGUACAGUUAACAUUACUUCGGUACUUUGGAGUCUGACUUUCCCCUCCUGUAGAUACCUGUGGAAAGAGGCAGGCUUCCUUUGAAAAGCAAACGAGUGAUCUGUAGGAAGAGGAAUAGCAAGGAGAAACUCUAGAAUUAAACCCGUAUGCUGGACUGCUCAAAAAGCCCUGCACAAGGAUUGGUACGACUGACCGUGCUGAGGAGCAAAUCUAGGCCACAGGCUGAUCCCUGGCGGUUCUGCAGCGUGCUGUGCACGUCAGAAGCAGCACAGAGUGUCUCCUAAACAGCUGCUGUUUUAAAUGGCUUCCAUUUAACAGGCAGGGCAUGACUGUGGUGCGUCCCCCUUCCUCUGCUUUGGAGGUGAGCGCCUUCACGCGAGCACAGGUUACGCUUGUGCUGGCUUUAAGGACCACCGGCCCUGCCCACAGCUCGAAAAGCACCCUGGGCGCGGGGGAGAGGCGGGCCUGGAGCUCCGUUCCCUCCAGCCAGAACCGGGCAGCUUUACCCCGAGCCCUGCGGUGGGCCACGGGCCUGCCCCAGCCCGGGGAACGGGCGGCACUGCUGCUCUGCACCGGUACGGCUGCGGGGGGGUCACCGCUCCUUUUUUCAGAUGGGACGUGAAGGGCAGGGUUGUACGAAGGCAGAGGAAGAGCUCAGGCAGGCGUGGGGCCUGAGCACAGCCGUGUCUCCACGCUCGUGCCUUCAGACGUGGGAAGGGCAGCAGCCCGCUGGGCUCCCGCCUUGCUCCCGCUAGCGCUUUUCUACCUUUUUUUUUUAGCUGCAUUUCUAAAUGGAAUUUAAUACGUAGCCACAUACAAAAAAAAAAAUAUCUAUAUUUGUAAACAUUUUUUUAAAAAGAUCAUCGGCACACUGAACCGAGCAGCUUCACGCCGUGUCUGCAGCACUGUUUCUUCCCCAGCGGGCAGGCUGGGGAGGGGGCUGCCUCUCCGCCUCCCACCGGGCAGGCUGCCCAAUUCCCCAGCCAGCCCAGCACCCACCUGCCCUCCCCUGCCCUCCCCUCCCCUCCCACACCUACCCCUGACGGGCCAGUGACUCACAGGAAAGGAUGGGGAUGGGCUGAGCUUAAGUUGACCCUCGAAUUCUCCAGGCUGUGAAGGACAUGGACACUAAGAAUGGUUGCUGACACAGCUUUGACUUAGGGCAUUUGGUUUUCUAAAGAGCAGCUCUUACCAUCAUUUUGUUAAGCAGCACGUUUGCUUUAAUUUUCUCCCUCUCUCCGAAGCGAGCAGGUGAUAGAAAUUGGCUGAACUGGUGGCUAAACUGGGUGUUAAAGGAGGGCUCAAGCUCGCCUUUUUUCCAUUUUGCAGCAUGUCUGCAUCUCGCCCAAAGUUCUAUGCGAGUUUUGUUCGGGGCUAACCUUCAACUAUGUCAGUGCUCGCCAUUCACACGGUACACGUCCGGCUCUCAGGCUGCAAACCAAAAAAAAAAAAAAAAGACGAGCUGGGGCCCUCCCAGACCGCCCAGUCCUCUGCUCGUAGGAGUUGCCCUCUCCUCCCCUUGGCCCCGGGUGCUGUGCCCUGCUCGAGCCCGCCGAGACGGGCCGAGCAGGGACCACAACCCCCCAACAACUGCCUCGUGCCAUUUGGGGACCUACCUCACCUGCCCACGUAACCGGGCUCCCCGUCACUCAGUGGCCUCCUGCGGGAAGCGCCGUCCCUCAGCGCUUCGCCCGGGGUGACUGUGCGCAGCCUCGGCCUUCCUCGGCCCCACCACCCCACCGCCCUGCCCAGAGGGGCGCCCGGGCACCCCCGCCGCCGGGCCGUCGUUAGGUCGAGCACCCAAGAGCAAUGUGGAGGUUUGGCCGGCCGGCUCUGCAGCGAUGGAGCUGAACCUACACGCAGGGGUGCGGAAAAGUUGCAGCAUUAAGGGAACCCCUGCAGAGCGCGUCCGGCUCUUCUUUGGCCGUGCCCUCCUGCGCAGCUUGCGCCUCACCUCAGGGCAUGCCGGGGGUGAAUGCAGGAUGGGGCCACCCCGUAAAUACCAGGAGUUGUAAGCAGGGGCAGGAGGAGCCUCUGCUUACGUCUGGGGGAGCUUUUCCCACACAAACUGUGCCCGGGUCUUCCUUUCAGCUGGUCAGAAGCGGGGGGAGGAAGGAUGGGGGCGAGCAAGGAACACAGCAGCGAUUAGCCAAGCGCCACCGUGCUGGGACGGGGGCUGGUGUUUGUCAGGCACGGGCACAGUGAGAGUUUGAAGCCUUUUCUGAACCCAGCGCUCCCUGGUUUAUACCGACAGAGCUCCGCAGAGCAGCCUUGCUGCUACAGCUUUUCUGUAGUGUCCAUCCAUCACCGCCUCCCACCCCUCCAGCUGGGGGGCUGUUGCUUUUUAGUUGCUAAUAUUAAUUUUACACCAAGAGUUCUUUGUUGGAGCUGCGAGGGCUCCGGCAACCAGUGCCGGGUUUGGCCUUGUUUAGGUAGAAGAGAAAAAAAAAAAAAAAAACAAACGCAAAGCCAAGGCCCAGGAGCAGCAGUUUGCCUUCCACAGCGGGCAGAGCGGGCAGGCAGGAGAGGGCAGGGCCCUUCCCCGCGGGCAGGUCUCGGCACAGCUCCGCACCCCUGAACACAGCACGGGGCCCCCCCGCAGCCUGCGCGGCGCUUGUGGUCGUUGAAGGGAGCCCUCCCAGCCUUUACACUGUCUACCCGUUGAGGUUUUCAUGCACAAAUAAGUAAUUCAGAGUCCAAAACUCCUCGGUGUUGCUUCUGUGUAAUCGGCCAAAAAGAGCCGGUGAGCGUUCGCUGUUCUCCUGCCCCACUCGGCCCCACUGGGCCCCGCUGCGAUGGCGAGCGAGCGAGCGCUGGCAUUUCAAGGGUUUGAAAGUUGUAAAUGGAAGGGGUUUGUUAUGCAAUAAAGAGCUUCUCUCUGAUGAAGAGGGCGUUAUGGCCAUGGACGGGUACGUGCCUGCUUCUGCGUCGUCGCGAGUAAAAGCCAACACUCUCAAAUGUGUUGCCAAAGGCGGGGGGUGUGCGUGUGCGCGUGUGCGUGUGUGUGUGUGUGAUUAAAUUGGGCAAAUUACUUCCCUAGGAAAGAAGUUCCCUCCCAUUCAGCCCUAACGCAUAAAGACAAAACACACGUUUGCAAUUGGCACUGUUAUUUUAUUAGUACGAGUAUACUGAAACAAUAAACUUGUACUGGUAUACAGACAAUUUCUUUAAAACAAUUUUGUUCAAAUUUUGAAUCAAACAUUGUUUUAUUAUAAUAAUGAAAUAAUUUCUACCUAGAAAACCUGCAAGCACCAUCAAAGAAAGGGACCAUAAAAUUCAAUAAACAGACGCGAGUGUAUCCUACAAAUAGACACACCACCAUUAGAAAAUAGAAUAUGAAUUCUUCCAUUUUUUUUAAUAUUUGUUUUAAAAAAGCUAGUGCAAGUACAAUAUUUUACACUGGAAUUACAGAGAGUAUGCACGCAUAUGGAAAAAAGUUCUCCUGUCACAAUAAAAGCUCUUAACUAUGUCUGUAUGCACUUAAAAUCUUCUCCUCUUUUCAAUAAGGUGCAAAACGUUAUUCCCUCCCUAUUUCUCCUUUGUACUGGCCAUGUCAGCUCAAUUUCUCCCCAACACAAAGCUGCGAUAUCCCUUUUACUGGGCCUACACUAGGAACUACACUGGAAGUGUGAUUUGCAACAACCCUCAUUAGUAAUACCAGACGAAUUAAGGAGAAAAAAAAAAAAAAAAAAAAAAAAAAAAGACAUUAAAAACUACCACUGUAGAAUGGCUAAACCUUACCCCGGCACGGCCAAGCGCCGCUGCCGGCUGCCGGGAGCGGUGACAUAGCUAGUACAAAAUGAUUUUCAGUAGCUCACCCGAACUGAAAAAGGUUGGGAAAUCCCCCCCCACCCCCCCACCCCCUUUUUUGUAACACUGCGAAAAGAACAGUGUUCAACAAGUUAAUAUAUUAUUCCAACAAAAAAAAAAAAAAAAAAAAAAAAAAGGAAAAAAAAAAAAAAAAAAAGAGCAAAUACAUACAUUAGUGAGUUUCAACAUUAGCUGACUGUCGUGAAGAGCCGUAUCUACGCCUUAACAGGUUAGUAACUUCGCUACGAGGCCAGCCCGACGGCCAGGCAGAAGACCCGGGCCGAGCCACCCGCAGCCGCCCCCGGCCCGUUUCUGCCCUCAGCUACGCGGAGCCAAACCCGACCGACUCGGACAGGGGUUCUGCAGAGCGCCUUCAAAGGGAGGGGGCGUGGGUCCCGGAUUUGUAAAGCAACCGAACCGCCAGGGCGGGAUCCCCUCGCCGGCUGGCGGGGAGGGAGCGACGGCGCGGCGCUGCCCGGGGGGCCGGCGGUCCCCACGGCGGCUCCGCGCCCGCCGAGGAGCUGGGCCCUGAAGGUUCUGCUCCUCAGCAAUGCCGAAGUACAGCAACGACAGCUUCAACGAGUGACUAGCGCUCGCUGCAAACAACACUUCCGAUGCAUGCCUACUGCGUGGUCGAGGGAAAGGGCAAAGGAGCUUUGACCGCUCAAAAUAGAAGUGAACAAAAAAGAAACAACCUUGGAUGAAGCCUCCAUAAAAUCCUCAGUGGAAGACUUGAGUCCUUUCAGCUAACGACAAGAAAAAACCUACAGAAACCUUAGAGACUGUUAUUGUAGAAAUACUACCAGUUGGCUGAAUGCACUUCAUCGUAACGCAGCUGGGGCUGGUUUUCCGAGCGCCCCGGGGGUCGCUUGGCCGGGGCGAAUCUUCCUGCCCCGUGUGCCUGCGGGACCGAAGCUUGGGUUACCUCCGGGGAGGGGGACGGGGGCAGCCUGAAACUUCACCCGCUCCGCCCUGCCGCCGGCUCCCAGCUGCCCAGCUCAAUCUUUGGACGGGAAAAGGACCCUCUCCUCGGAAACUGCCUCGGGAUCCUCUCCUUUUGGCUUCGGAAAAACACCGGUCUCGCCACGGGUCAAGACCGUCGCUGGAAACGUGCGGUGUGUGACUGACCGCUCCCCGCGCAGCGGUGGGGGAGAGGGGGGCAGUGACAGGGGCUGGAAGGCCGGGGCCGCCUCGGGCACCGCGCUGCCGCCAGCGCCGGGCUAGGAUCCCUUGUUAGAAGCACUUCUUGCUCGGGGUUAUACUCUUUGGGUUUCGUCUGGAACAGGAAGCGCUGAAAAAAAAAAACGUGGAACAGCAUCCCGGAGAGAGGGGGGAAAAAAAAAAGAAAAAAAAAAAGAAAACCAAAACAAAACAAAACCAAACCCAAACAACUAAACGGGACCGAAAGGCUUGAGGGCCCUCAGCCCCGGCCCCGGCCUGUGGGCUGCCAGGGGCUCCCCUGGCGCAGGCGCGAGGGACUUAAAGCCAAAAUACAGCCGGAGAGUGAGGCUCCGGCUCUGCGCGGUAGCCACCCUUUGAAGCGCCCAGUAGCUGCACUCAAGAAUUGCUGCUCCAAGGUGUAUUUUCAGCACAGGAAUAAACAGUGUGAAGCGUGACUCCAUUCCCCAGAAAUGGGACCCAUGUGAUACGAACAGAAAAUUAAGCACAGUUGUUCUUUAAGAGCCUUUUAAGUAAUAAUUCUUCCUGGCCAAAGCCAAUACAAAUCAGAUCAUCUAGACAUGACAUUUUCUAUAUACAAAAAACAUGUAACUUUCAACCUUUCUCUGCUUUUGUAUUUAAAAACUUUUUUUUUUUUUUUUUUUUACAAACAAGGUAUGAAACUCACUGUUCAAACAGAGCCAUCUCUUUUUCAAACACUGAAUGAAUCAUUCCAACAUUCAUUUUUCUUUUGUGCAAUUUUUUAAAACGUUACCUGUACUCCUCAAUGUGAGUGCUUCAAAAAAAGUUUCUAUUUUUAAUAAGCUUCUCAAAUUAGGUUUACAUCAAAAAAUAUUCCCACAAGGUAUAGUGCUACAAGAAAAGAUCCUAUCAGUAAAGGUAACACAUCUGAAGCGAGGUCGUCUAUGUAAAAGAAAUUGAACUCUGGAGUAGAGGUGUGCAACGCGUUUGGAAUUUCCCUAUCGACACAAAGCAAGGCUGUCCUCAGGACAGGGAAUCAACUGGACACGUAGGCAUAUGCGUAAAAAAAACAUUCACACAUAUUUAUUUGUGUGCAAACAGACACUUCUGUCUGAGGGUGUGUGUGCACGUAUGCUUAUCUGCAUCAACUCAUUCUCAUUUUGCGAUCUAUUUUGGGAUUUGGGGGGGUGGGAGGGCUGGAUAAACCAGAGGAAAGGAAAUUUCUGCCUGCACUCUGGCGGUGCGUUCCUCCCCCUCGCUUUUCGCAUCAGCACUGGCCAGAGCCCCGAGCGGACUCUGCUGUUACCUGUGGUGAUGGGGAGGGAAGAAAUGGAAAUGAUUUGUACGAGCGCGUGUCCCGCUUUGCCACUUCUCGAGUUCCUGGGACAGCAGAAGCGUUUCAUCAGGCCAAACCUGCCCCACCCGCCUGGGGCUUCUGCCCUGGCGAACCUGGACGAACCCCAGGAUUUUUCCAGCUGCCUGAUUAAGGUCAGGAUCUGGCCCUGACUGCACCAAGCUUCAAUUUCACAAAGGUUUGUACACGUGCUUCACAGCAAGCUCCCGAGCAGCCCUCGGCGGCCAGCCCGGACCCACCAUGAGCACGCGUGGAAGUGUUUGCAGAACUGGGUCCCACGACACGCAGAGCACUGCGCCAAGAGCCCCCUCAUUUGAAACAACACUGUUAGUGUUCAAAAAUACUGAGGAUUCGCUCUCCUUGAUACAGGACGUGGGGUUUGUUGGUUUUUUUUUUGGUUUGUUUUUGCUUUUUUUUUUUUUUUUUUUAAGCAGUUGCAAGUAUUAACAGAAAUUCACCAUCUGCUUUUUACUAUUGGCAACACACUUUAAAAGUAAAAUAAAUUUCUGCAGAGAGUGAAUUUUCAUGAAAGCCAACAGCUACAGUUCACGCUGAGCUUGCUGCUUUCGUAUUGCAAUCUAAGUGAGACCUACAAAGUUUAAACCAUGAGAUGCAGGAAAUCCAAACUUGUCUGUAACAUUGUACAUCCCUACUCCAGAGCAGUAAAAGUGCUGCUUCUGGUCACAUCAGUGUACCACACAUAUGCCAGCCCCAUCCCUGAGUAAAAGGUGUGAAAGGUUUCUAAAUGUUCCUUGAUUUAAGGGAAACGAGAGUAGUGAUGUCACUUCCCCAUGCCGAGAAAAUGACGGGAACAACAGGUCGAACGAAGCGACAGCGGGACAAAGGAAUUAAAGGAAUAAAAAAAGGACCGUGUGUAUCCCCCCCCCUCCUCCCCAGGUCUGUGUCUUCGAGGGAAAGCGAGCCCAAGGGCAACGUAUGAAAUGGUGAAACAGGUCAACAGCGACUCUGAUUUGGGUCUCGACCAGAGGACUCGAGGUAAGUGACAUCAAACUCCAAUUCCCCGUGAUGUGGCCCAGACAAACUGAAACAAUGCCUAAGUUAAACACUAUAAGGAACAGUCAUUUUAUAUAUAUAGAUAUAUAGAUAGAUUAGAUAGAUAGACAGAUAGAUAGAUAUUUUUUUUUUUAGAAAUCCCUAUAAAGAGGUUCUCGUUUUAUUUUCAUUUGCCCUGACUAAUUUCUUGGUGAUUGUAUGCGUUUCGUUGUAAACUAAAGAGGCCUGCUACAACAGAAAGAGAAAAAACAAAACAAAAAGACAAAAAGAAAAA